AUGAAACGCGAAGCGUCGUCUGAAUCACGUUGCUGUACCAGCGAUGAGCGACCAGCAAAAGUGCCCCGACGGGGAAACUCGAGCACCAAUUCAGAACUUUCGAAGAGUAUACAUGACCACGCUAACGUACAGCCGCUCUCUCCAUAUUCAUCAAAUCGCCCUAGCACAAAUCCCGAUGCUCUAGGACACCAAACAGUUACCCCAACGUUCCCAGCGCAUGCGCCCACCGAGCUCACGGAAAAGAUCUACCAGUGGAUCCCUGCGCCGUCGGAACAACUCGACGAGCUGGAGGUGAUGAGCCAACCGCCAUCAAAACGAUCCCGGUCGCGGUCAAUUUCAACGGAUCGGGGCCGGGCUCGAUCGGUCUCGUCGGAGAACAGCGAAAGCAGCUCGGCUCGGGACACCAGAUCGUACGCCUACAAAGCCGCCAACUAUGCCACUAUUCUAGAGACCAAGAAUUGCUUCAUGCGACAGUCGUCCGCGGGUCCAAUGCCAGACGACAUUGCGCUUUGUGAGCGUCUUCUCCGUCAGCCAAUCGAAACCCCGCGCGGCACCAUGUUUGACGACAAGCAUAUACUUGACUUCCGUAACGCUUUGCAAGACCGUUCGGAAGCGCGCCUGCUGGUAGACCUCCACCCUCUCAUUAUGCCAUCCGCGGAGAACCAAUACAUUCAGGGGAAGGAACAUUUGAAAAAUGUCAUCGACGGAUACAAUGAUCCAUGGCUCAAGACCGAGCCAAUUUACGGCCCGAAGCCACAGCCCGAUCAUGCGCGGGGCCUCAAAUGGUCCUCCUUUUCUGAGAGCCAGCGGCGCAAACUUGGAGUCCAGGCCGACGAGAAAUCGCCAUAUACGCCGCGGGAGGAGAUGUAUUUUCCUUACUUGACCGCCGAAAUUAAAUGUGGGAACCAGGCGCUGAAGUUUGCCGACCGGCAAAACAUGCACAGCAUGUGCGUUGCCCUGCGAGCGGUGGUCUCAUUAUUCGAAGCGGCGGGCCGUACGGCCGAGGUUCAUCGACGGAUCUUGGGGUUUUCGAUCUCUCACGAGCUCGAGGGCUUCCGCAUAUACGGCUACUAUCCCGAGGUGGAUGACGGCAAAGUGUCCUAUUAUCGCUGGCCUAUUGCGCAGCCCAACGUGUGGACUCCAGAAGAUCGAUGGACAUGCUACGGAUUCGUAGAGAAUGUAGACCGUGAAUUUCUGCCUCUCCAUACCAAGCGGUUGAUGAGCAUUCUCGAGAAAAUCCCGGACCCGGACGAUGAACAGUCCGUUGUCGAUGCCGACGAACCAGAAUCUCAGUUGUCCAUUGUCGGAUCGCUGGAACGCCCGGGGUACCGCAGAGCGGCAUCCUCGCAGAAUCGCGGAUUACAGCCCGAGCUACGCAUUAUGGUCCAAGCACUGCAACAACAGCUAGCAGAACAGAAGGAACGAGAAGAGAAGCGGGAUGCAGAACAGAGAGCACGUGAGGAGAAACUCCUUGCUCAGUUGGAGGAGCAAAAGCUACGAGAAGAGAGGCGAGAAGCAGAGCAGAAGGCUCGGGAGGAGAAACUCCUUACCCAGUUGGAACAGCAAAGGAAAGCAAACACCGACCUGCAAGCAAAGCUCAUCGCCUUCCUAGAGCGAGCAGAAAAGUCGGUUUGA